AAUGGAAGGGAGGUUAAGUGUAUUUUCUAAAAUGAAAUGCGUAUGACUAAACUGAAAUGAGUUAUUAGGAGUGGAUUUGCAAGAACUAUCACUUUCUAUCCUUUUAAGGUUCCUUCACAUCUCCUACAUGUCAAUGGGAACCUCAUGCACUGUGUAGUUUUAAUUCUAAACAUUUGGAGAGGGAUGCAUGCAAAUGAUGGCAGGUAUUUGAAUGGCUGAAGGUAAGUCAAAUGAGACUUUUUCAAAUGUAUUUCCUUACUGGAUCCCCCUAAGCUUUUCUUCUUUGUGUUCCAACAGCCCUCUGUGUACUAUUUUGGGUCACUCAGGGCUGCUGCAGAGCUUGGCAUCUGCACAAGGCCCUCUUGAGUGCUGUCGGGUCCCCAGCUGCUCUGGGAGUGACAAUUGGCUCUUAGUGUGAAGUCUCUGGCUGUUUAAAGGACUAAAAGAGAUGAAACCCCUUUGGGGAGGAAUGGAGGAGGCUGGGGAGGGGUCUGCUGGCUGCAGGGAUGGUGACAUACCAUCUGAGAGCAGAAUGUAGAAGCUUGUGGGGCCAUAUAUGCAAACAGGCCCUCUCUGAGCAGCCAGGGCUCACUAUACAGUACAGGAAUGGUACAGUCCAAUAUGAGCACCCCUACACAUUGAAGAUACAUGGGAGUGCCCCUUUGCAGGGAUUGCUGGGAAGAAGAAGAGGAAUACAUGAUUGGGGAUUGCAGACAGAAGGAGGGAGAGGGACUCUGACUAGUGCUUGUGUGGAGGGGAAGUUCCCAGACUGACAAACACAGGAUUUGCUCUGGGACACGACUGUCACGUUCGGCUGGGAGCUCCUCCACUGCACGACGCACGCAAGAGGUGACUAUCAUCUGCAGAGGGAGAAAAGUAUCACAUCAGUGCUUCUGAGAGAGGCCAACCCGCCCACGUUUUCCACCGCAUCUCAUUGCUGCAAUGGCUGAGAUACUUGAGGACCAGGACAAGCUGAAGAAGGGCCUUGUCAAGGUGCUGGAGUGCGUGGCCACCAUCUCGUCGGCCGCCGCUGUGGUCAACCCUAUCUUCGGGGUGGCCGGCUCCCUGAUUCGAGUGGUGCUGCACCACGUGGACGAUGAAGACAUCAAGACGCUGAAGCGGGAGUUCAGCAGUGUGAACCGGGCCCUGGACGAGAUCUCCCAGCAGAACCGCAAUGCCCUGCUGCAGAUCAAGAAGGAGACGCUAGAUGGCCAGUACUGCAGGGUGGAAGAGAACCUGCGAAACCAGUUCCGCAAGUUCAUGGAGAUCGUGGAGGCCCGUCCAGAGCAUAAGGAGCGCAAGAAGGAGGACUUUGAGGAGAGCUACGCCAACGACCUGGGCGACCAGAACCUGCACACUCUCUACGAGGGAGUGAUGGGCAAGCCCAAGCUCUUCAGCAAGCCCAUCUUGGAGGUGUACAUGAAGCACUCGCACGGCGACCGGCGGGUGAUGGAGCGCCUGUGCACCCGCCUCACCUAUCUCUUCUGCAUCGGCCUCAUCGCCCUCAUGGGCUACGCAGCCAUCAUCGGUGACGAUGAGGAGGGCCUGAGCGAGGAGUGGGCAGAGAAGAUGGAGAACGUGCAGGAGAAGAUGCAGGAAGUACUGAGAACGUGCAAGUGAAACCACCUACCCUCCCCUGUCAAUCAUAACCCUGCCCCCUGCCUGCAUUGUCCACACAUACACCCC